CUUUGUCUGCACAGUAGAGUACGCACAUCCAUUCGCUCCAGCUGCUUCUCCCUUGUCUCCUUCUUCAUCCAUCCCUCCAGGCCAGCGAUCCCAGCUCCCUAUCUUUGGAUGUACUGCCUUGUCUUCAUUGUGGAACUACCUCAACAGCUCCAUCACACAGGAUCACUGUUAAGCAUACACAGAGCAAAAUACAUAUUAAACAAAAGCUAGCGACUGGAAACAAGCUUUGAAAAUGCCUUUCAAAAACGGUUUGGAAUUGACAGAAUUGCAGAACAUGAACACGCCAGAAGAUGACAAUAUCAGCAAUGAUUCCAAUGAGCUCAGUGAGGCAGAUGGUAAUCGUAUCAGCAGUAAAUUUAUUGCUGACCGCGAAAGUAGACGAAGUCUUACAAACAGCCACCUUGAAAAAAAGAAAUCAUGUGAUGAUUAUAGUCCUGGGACUACAUCUAUUGGAAUGUCUGUGUUUAACUUGAGUAAUGCUAUCAUGGGCAGCGGAAUCCUCGGUUUGGCCUUUGCUUUGGCAAAUACAGGAAUAGUGCUAUUUGUGCUGCUUCUGAUAUCAGUCUCUCUACUGUCUAUCUAUUCUAUAAACCUUCUACUAAAAUGUUCCCAGGAAACAGGAUGUAUGGUAUAUGAGAAGCUGGGGGAGCAAGUAUUUGGCACACCAGGAAGGUUUUUAGUGUUUGGAUCAACAUCACUUCAGAAUGUUGGUGCAAUGCUCAGCUAUCUGUUUAUCGUUAAGAAUGAAUUACCCAAUGUCCUUAAGUAUCUGAUGGGAAUAGAAGAUAUAACGCCAUGGUAUUUGGAUGGUCGUUUUCUUCUAGUCAUCGUCACUGUUGUAAUCAUCCUUCCAUUGUGUCUUCUUAAGAAUUUAGGCUACCUAGGCUACACCAGUGGUUUCUCUUUGUCGUGUAUGUUUUUUUUCCUUGUUGUGGUGGUCUACAACAAAUUUAAAAUUUCAUGCCCGGAAGUCGGUGUGAAUGGAACCUCAAGUAGUUUACACAAUACAACAAGUGAGGAUAUGUGUACACCAAAGUAUGUGACCUUCAAUUCUAAGACUGCGUAUGCACUUCCGACACUAGCAUUUGCAUUUGUGUGUCACCCGUCUGUCCUUCCCAUAUACAGUGAGCUAAGAGACCGUUCACAUAAGAAAAUGCAGCUCGUCUCCCAUAUAUCAUUCUUCGCAAUGUUUGUUAUGUAUCUUCUGACUGCUGUUUUUGGAUAUUUGACAUUUUAUGGUAAAGUACAAUCAGAGCUUCUCAGCUCAUACAGCAAUCAACAAGAUGGUCUCAUCUUAACUGUACGUUUGGCUGUUAUAACUGCAGUUAUACUCACUGUCCCGGUAUUAUUUUUCACUGUUCGCUCUUCAAUAUUUGAACUUGCUCGGGAGACAAAGUAUAAUUUUCGGCAGCAUUUAGCAGUGACAUUUAUUCUUCUAACAGUGAUUGAUCUACUUGUUAUAUUCAUACCAUCAAUGAAGGAUAUAUUUGGCGCAAUAGGUGCAACAUCUGCCAACAUGCUGAUCUUUAUUCUCCCCUCUUCCUUAUACUUGAAAAUUACUAAAGGAAACGACUUUCUGGCAACUAAAAGAUUAUGUGCAUUUGCUUUCUUUGCACUGGGGAUGCUGUUUUCCUUAGUAAGUAUUCCUUUAGUGAUCUAUGACUGGGCUCAUGGAGGAGACAAAUAAAAUGGAAACUAAGUACGACUACACAGUGGCUGCUUACCUCCAUCACCACAGUCAAAGGCACAAAAAUUUCAGGAGGGGAAAGCCUA